AUUUGUUAUUAGAUUUCCAAUAGUUGUUUACAUUAUUUUCAGACAAUAUGCCCAAUUCGAGUUUACUCGUUCGUGAACUUGCUCAACUUACGGUUGGGCCGGAACAUGUAUAUUCAGCAAAGUUGCUGACUAAAUGCAAUAUGUCAGCAUCCACCACAUCCACCACCUCGAUACAACUUGCUAGUCUCAAGCAAAGAUUCCCCAUCUGAGAAAGUAUUUAUAUAUGGGCUCUAGUAAUUUGGGUUCAGACUGUCGCGGCUUAGUUACUACUCUGUCAAGACGUUGAGGACCUGGCCCAAGGCCCACGGGAGAAAUGUUAGAGGCCCUGAAGGAACCCAUCCUACAUACUUUUGAUUUAUGAACCGAGUCUCAGACUUUUAUCUUGCAUUUUAUUCCUCCCAUGGCUAGAAGCGGUGGUCCGAGCCGGGGUUGCCAAGUAUGCCGGCAACGUAAAAUCAAGUGCGAUGAGACUACGCCACAUUGCACGAAGUGUACAUCUAGUGGGCGUGUUUGCCCGGGGACUAUCACGGGGGUAAUUAUCAGUGAUAUGACUUCGAAUGUGAGACGAAAGGCAUAUCCUAGGUUAACUAAUAGCUCUGUUGGAGUUAGAAACAGAGAAAGUAGUGGUAGGAAUCCAAGUCAAACGGGCCAGUAUGGACCUGUGUCAAAUGAGACUCGGGACGACGGCCAAAAUCUUGAUAUCAAUAUCAUGCACUCAGAUCCGCCGAAUAAACCAACCUCAUCAUGGAACCAGCAAGCAACACUGCCUGGAGCAUUGAAAGACUGGGAGCAAAUCUAGAUCCAUUUGAGAGUCUGCCAGUCAAACUACAUUUUUCUACUCUAAAACUCUUGGAAUACUGUACGAACACUAUGAGGAAUGCGUUCGUUGCGCUUGGCCCUGGUGAUCCGAUGACGGAUGUCUGGCUUCCAAUGAUCUUGUCCGACCAGCUAUUGCUCCAGUGCACACUUUAUUUACAUGUGCGCCGUUCAUAUGUCAACAAUUUUCGGAAUAGACGCGAUGGAUAGUGUGGAUGUGGUGACCCAUAGGACUGAGACAUUAUCACUAUUGAGCAAGAGAAUUGGAGAUCCCAACGAAGCUGUCAACGAUGUUACGUUGACGGCUGUAGCCAGAUAUGUUGGCCAAGUUAUUUUAUGUAACAACGGUAACAACGCGGAGGAGACUAAAUUACACAUGAACGGCCUAGAGAGGAUGCUUGCUCUCAAUCCUGACUUUGAGCCGAGUAACCAAGUCCGGGAAAUGCUGUUCUGGACUGAUCUGACAGCUGCCGCACUCUGCCAUGCACCUCCACGGCAGCUCACAAAGCGGCCCAAUAUCCGACUUUACGGCAAUCCUAUGCUCCAGACUCCUCGCUCUACCAUUGGCAUAGUAUGCCGUGGGUUUCAAAAAAUAAUAGCUGACCACGAGGUCUUCAAAGGCAUUACUGACAUACUGCAUGAUCUUCGAUGUCUCGCAGCAGUAGCUCACUAUUCAGACUCCAAAGUGCAUUCUGAGAUACCUAUAUUUGUCAGUCUUUGCUUUGGAGUUGGUGAAAGGCUUGGGGGCCUACUGGCGAUGGGAGGGUCUACGGUUUUUGAGUCUUGUCGCCUUGCUGCCAUGGUAUUUGUCGAAAUCGUGCUCCUCCAUAACAAUACUCCCAAUGCGGUUUUGCUGGCAGCGGGUAUGAAGAGGACUUUGAGCCGGGCAAACAUGGAGGUAUUGCUACAGCAGCAGCCAGAGCUCUUGACCUGGAUAUUGUAUAUGGGAAAUAUGGCGGCUUUCGGAACUGAGAUGGCUCCUUGGUUUCUGCGAAGGUUUGCUCAGGCCCUCUCGUUCCAGGGGCUUAGUCUUUUUGAGACUGUUAGGAACGUCCUGAUUGAGUUUCUAUGGCUUGAUGGUGUCUCAAACGAACACUUGAAGUCCGUUUGGUCGGAAGUACAAGAGAUGAUUUGAUCCCCAUUCUUUGGUAUGGGCAUGAAUGUGAGAUCUGA